GGCUAUAACAUCAACGUGGGGUUUCAAAAAUUUAAACUUUUUCCCAUGGCAACCUCAAAGAUUCUCAUACUUGUUUUCUUUGUGAUUUUGGGUUUCGGAAUAUGUUGUUCCGCUAGAACACUCCUUACUGUAGACGAAACCAACAACGAUUUUGUUGGUGUAGAUCUACACAGAGAUGGUCAUAAACAUGGUGGUGAUGGUGGAGGUGGUGGAAAUGCUGGAGAUUUUGGUAAUGGUGGAAGAGGUGGAGGGGGUGGCAGCGGAGGCAGAUUUGGGGAUGGCGGAGAUGGUGGAGGAGGUGGACGUGGUGGGUUUCAUGGAGACGGCGGCACUGGUGGAGGUGGUGGCAAUGGUGGCAUUUAUGGAGACGGAGGAGACGGUGGACACGGCGGAAACGGAAUACACGGAGGUGGUGGUGGUGGAGGUGGCGGUGGAGGAGGAGGUGGAAUAGGUGGUCAAAAUGGUGGAAGAGGUGGAGAUGGGGGAAGUGGUGGAGGUCAUCACCCUUAA